GUGGGAAUUUAAGGGUCCCUGAACAAUUAAGGAACUCCUUUAAAUUGCUCUAGGGGUCCUUUGAGACUUCCAGGAUCCUCGUGAGAGCUAUGUUUUACCACCAAGAACAUUCCAGUAGUCCUGAAAGGAGUCCAUGUGUCUUUGAAUUGGGUCCUGGCAUCCUUUCAUAUUUUGUGUUGAUGUGUACAGGAGUUCCAGGAUCUUACCAGGAGUCCUUGAGGAAGUUUCAAGGAUUAUUAUGAGCAUUCAGUAGUUUGCAUGGUUCUUCGAAAAGGUUCCAGCCGGUGUUCAGCGUUGCAACGGGCCCUAAAAAAGUUCCAGGAUGCUUACGAGAUCCGUUUCUGUUCGAUAAAACGGUUCCGGUACUAGUGAGGAGUGAGUCGUCUGUCAGAGCAGAGAGGAUCGUUUGUGUGAGCGGAAUUAAACCCGCACCUCUGACAGCGACAGGAGGAGACGCCACCAGAGCUCCGACCUGCGAACUUCAACUCUCCCGUGGAUUUAUUCAUUUUCGUCUUCUUUCUUCUUCUGGUGGGUUUUUACACUUUGGUUCAGAUUGAGUUCCGCUUCUCCUUUAACUGACUUUAACAGACUGUGAUCAUGAAGGAUCAGAACUUUAAAGAAGAGGUUAUGAAGAUUCUGGAAGAAGCUCCGAACGCCAGAAAAGCUCUGCUGGAAAACUAUGACAACCUACUGAAAGUGGCCGACUACUGCCACAACAACUACCUAAAGUCAGGUGACAGCAGUAUAAAGGCGUUGGAGGAAACAAAAAAGUUCACCACCCAAACACUGGCCAGCAUCGCUUACCAGAUCAGCACCCUGGCCAAUAGCGUACUGAGUCUGUUCGACGCUCAGACCAGUCAGCUUCGUCACAUGGAGUCUUCUAUCAACCUCAUUGGUCAGACUGUGGAAAUGCAUAAAGAGAAAGUUUCUCGGAGGGAGAUUGGCGUUUUCACAGCGGUGAGACGGGUCCCACGCAGCCACAAGAUCCUCCCUCCUUCUCAACCUCCUGCAGGUACACAGCCCCGCCCACCUUACAGCCGCCGACCAAUCAGUUACCAGCAGCUGGACGGCCUGGGCCAUGGCAUAAAGGUCUCUGGGAAACAGUCGGACAGAACAGGAACGAUCCGUAAACAAGGAGCCUCCAUCAGGUCCAACAAACCUCCAGAGCCUGUCCAGUGCCCGGUGGCGCCCCCUGUCAGCAGCUCGAGCUUUGGGAAACCUGUAGCUCCGCCCACCAUCCCCACCACCUGGCAUGCUCCCCCUGAGUGUCAGAUCAUCACUACGCUGCUGGACGAUGCCCCGCCUCCUCCUGCAACGAAUGAGGUGUUGGCUCAGGUUGAUGAGGUCAUUGACAUCUCUGUCCCGCCCCUUCCACCUCCUCCCCCUGAUUCAUCAGGGGAGAUAGUGGGCCCGUCCCCUCCUCCCCCUCCUCCCCCACCACCUCCUCCUCCUCCUCCUCCUCCGCCUCCUCCUUCAGAGGCUCUGACCAAUCACUGUGCUCCCCCGCCAGCAACGCCCCUCAGCCUUGAGACAGUGGUGGAGGAAAACAGCUUCCCCUCCUCCAGCCCUCCCCCUCCACCCUCCCCUCCUCCUCCGCCCUCUGACGAUGACAGCUUCCCUCCACUGCCCAAUGAUGGCUUAGAACUGCCAGCCCCGCCUCCACCUCCACCCAACCAGGAAGUAGACGAUCUGGAGAUCCCAGCCCCACCCCCGCCUCUCCUAUUGGACGAUGAGAGUGGCCUUGAUGACAUCAUGCCACCCCUCCCUCCACCAGUGGACUACGACACCAGCGCCCCCCCAGACUACUUGGAGAAAGUGGUGGCACUGUACAACUAUGAGGCCAGGAAACCCGAUGACCUGUCCCUUACUGAGGGUGAUAUCAUCUACCUGAUGCAUCGCCAUGACAACGGCUGGUGUGAGGGAUUCCUCAACGGAAACCAGGGCUUCUUCCCAGAAAGCUAUGUCCAAUCAUGUGGCUAGAUUGAACCCCGUGCCCCCUCUCUGUUGCCAUGGAGACAGAUCUGCCCUAGUCUGUCAGAUGUAUUUACCUCCUGUCCUCUGCUGCUCCCCCAGAGGUAAAACACAGGAACUACAAGACCACAAUCAGUUUUAUUCACGUCCUUCUUACUGUUUGAAAAUGAUUUUUCUAUCGAAAGGUAUCAGUCCCAUAAAAUACAUUAUGUUAAUGUAAAACUACGAAAUCCCAUUAGAGCUGAAACUGUUCAUUAGUCAGGUAAUCAGUUUCAGCUUUUCUUCGUUUUCUGUGACAGUAAACUCAAUAUUUUGGAUUUCUGACAAAACAAGAACAUUUAAAUCCAUCACCCGGGCAGAUGAACCCUUUUAAGUAUUUUCAGACCAAACGAUCAAUCAGGGAAUUGAAAAGGUAAUCGACAGAUUAUUUGACAAUAAAACAAUUGUUAGUUGCAGCUUUAAAUCCCAUAAUUAAAUGUCUUAAACUGUAUAUUCAUUUAUUAUAUGAGUUUAAAUAUAAAUUAGGUUUAUGAACAAUUGAUCUGCUUAUUAUUUUCAGGAUUAAUUGAUCACUUUGACCAAUUAAAAAAAGUGAGGAUGAAGGUAGGUGAUGAUGAUGAUGAUGAGUUUAAUUUGUGGGACGUGUUGAUGAAGGUCGAUGAUUGAGGAUCAUCUCACGGAUAAAGAAACUGAACAGGCCGAAAACGGUGAAUCUAUUUAUAUUCCGAUUCCAGAAACAGUCGAGCUGCGUUUAAAACCCAAAAGGAAGAGAAAUAAAGAUAAAAUCAGACUAAACAGAGUGAGAUUAAUAGGUUUCAAAGGAAGAAAUACAAUGAAAAAGAAAUUAAAGAAGAAAAGCUGUACACGUUGUUUACAAUUACAACACUUACAGUCUGUGCGUUAUGCAAAAAUAUAUGUGCAGGAAUAAUGAGUGUAGUAGUGAUUUAGAUUAGAAUUUCUAAAAGAUAGAAAUUUUAACAACAAACAAAUGUAAAGUCAAGUCAGUUUUAUUCCCACAGCCCAACAUCGUGAAAAAAAUGGAGGAAAAUGAAAUUUGAAGAAUG